ACAUCUGUGUGUUUUUUCUUCUUGUUUUGAUCUCCUUUUGUUUUCUCGAUGAUAGCAAGAGUAAAAAUAUGCACCCGAAGUCCACCAUUCCAAAGAUUGGUUCGGUCUUUCCGCCAAAAGAAGGGGCAUGGCUGUUACAGAUUGUGAUCAUUUUCAGCUAAACGUUAUCUUUGGCCGUAAUGACUCCAACUUUAGUAAAUACUACAAUUUCUUUCUGACCUGACUCAUCUGAAGCUGCCUGCUAGUUGUUUGAACAACCCAAUUCAAUUGAGAAUUUGAGAGGGUCCAUUCAGCUUUUCAGUGUCUCUUUCUAAAAUCUUUUACCGCUUGCCUUCAUCCGUAACUAGCAUUUAUUGGUGUCACUGAGCAAGGUUUUCGUUAGCUGGUUGUCAUUUUCCCCAAGAGCCAGAGAUUCUCUAUUUCUUGUAUUUCUGCAACUUAAAUUAAAUAAAUGGGUACCUCGGUUUUGUCUCACUUUCUUCCUCCUUCAUGGCCUCAUGGGCAUCCAUGUUUUCCUAGUUUCUAAUGGUUCAUUGGCUUUCAGAAAGCAUUCCAGAAAACAUCAUGGUACUUGAAAAUUUCGGAACUUUCAUUCGGGCUGUUGCAUGAAUAUAUAUAUAUAUAUAUGGUUUUGUUUCUUCUCAGGUACAAUUCUUUAGUUUUUUGUUCGGUCGGUGAGUACUGAGUAGUUAGUUUCUGGAAAUGGGAAUGAGAUUUCCGCCAAGUGGGUACUGUGCCUAAAGUAGAAAGUUAUUGCAGAAGAAGUGUUGGUAUUAGCUUUUUUUCUUUUCGGCUUUUCAUGGUGGAAAAUGGCAACAGAAAGUGAUAUGCUUUUGAGAAUGUUGGUGCAGAGUAGAAAAGACACCAAGGGAUGCGAAGCUUUGUAGCUUAAUUAAUUAAAAAGGAGAAGGAAGGAAAAUAUGCCAACAGUUUGGUUCUCUCUAAAGAGAUCUCUACACUGCAAAUCAGAGCCAUCGGAUGUUCAUGACCCAAAAUCAAGGAAGCAAUUGAGCACAAUCUUGACUAGAAGAGCUGGAAGGUCAGGGUGUUCCAGGUCUAUAGCAAAUCUUAAAGAUGUAAUCCAUGGAAGUAAGAGACAUUCGGACAAGCCACCAAGUUGCAGUCCUAGAUCUAUUGGGAGCAGUGAGUUCCUGAAUCCAAUAACCCAUGAAGUGAUCUUAAGUAACUCAAGGUGUGAGCUCAAAAUCACUGGUUUUGGUGGUUUCCAAGAAGGGGCUUGUGUUGGAGGCGGCGGCGGCGGUCUUAGCGGUAACAACGGUAGUGGCGGUGGCGGUUCAACAUUUGUGGGCACUUUAAGGCCUGGGACACCUGGCCCUGGAGGGCACCCUACAAUGCACUAUUUUAAUCAAUCUGUUAGGACAUCAUCAACUCCUUCAAGGAAGUCUCCUUUUACUGUAUCAGGUAGAGACGGGUCUGGGUUAGGGAGUUCUGCUGUUUUUGGUUCCGGCGGUGCCGGAGUUCAUUCAAGCAAUAGGGUCUAUCUUGAGACACAGCCUAAUGGCUUUUCAUCGGUGACGUGUCAUAAAUGUGGCGAACAGUUUAGCAAAUGGGAAGCUGCUGAAGCUCAUCAUCUCUCCAAGCAUGCUGUUACUGAACUUGUGGAAGGCGACUCAUCAAGGAAAAUUGUUGAAAUUAUAUGCCGGACAAGCUGGUUGAAGUCUGAGAACCAUUUUGGCAGGAUUGAGAGAGUUUUGAAAGUUCAUAAUAUGCAAAAAACUCUAGCUCGAUUUGAAGAAUAUAGGGAGAUGGUGAAAAUCAAAGCCAGCAAACUUGCAAAGAAACACCCUCGGUGCCUCGCCGACGGUAACGAACUUUUGAGGUUCUAUGGUACAACCGUGUCAUGCCAUCUUGGUCUAAAUGGUGCCUCCAGUCUUUGUGCAUCAGAAAAAUGCUGUGUGUGUAGGAUUAUAAAAAAUGGGUUCUCUGCCAAGAAGGAGCUCAAGGGUGGAAUAGGAGUUUUUACAACCUCCACGAGUGGAAGAGCUUUUGAAUCUAUUGAAAUUCUUGAGGGAGACCCAGGUAUUAGGAAAGCCUUAAUUGUCUGCAGAGUAAUUGCUGGGAGGGUUCAUAGGCCUUUGGAGAACAUACAAGAAAUGGCUGGACAAACAGGAUUUGAUUCAUUGGCUGGCAGAGUGGGUCUUUAUUCAAAUAUCGAGGAGCUUUAUUUACUCAAUCCUAGAGCUCUCCUUCCAUGCUUUGUGGUAAUCUGCAAACCCUGAAGAAAGAAAGAUGAAAGAUGUCAUAUGUGAAUCCGUUUUGGGUUUUUCGAAUGUUUUCUUCCAUAGGUUUUUCCAUUUUUGUUGUUGUGGAAGGUCUUUGAUUUUUCCUUCUUCAAGCCUCUACUCAUUUGCCAAUAUUUUGAAGACAUGUAUUUCUCUGCGUUUAA